ACACGUUCAGUUACAUACUUCCUGUUAACUUCUUCUUUGGUGAUCACUCUAGCCAAGUAAGAUUGUCUUCCACUAACACGGUCUUAACAAGGAGUACACUGUAGUUUGCAGGGGGCUGAAUGUGUACUGGCAACAUUUACCGGUACUCUGCGCGCAACAGACCAGACGGGGCAUAACGAGGAGAGGCGAUACAGUAUUUGUGUGUGUGUGUGUUUAAGGAGAGCCAAACUACAGGCGCGCAGAGUCGUGUUUUUGGAGGCGCGUUGGCGCUCGCGGGAUUUUCUCUUUACGGCUGCCCCUCCGUCCGCAGGCACGGCGCCCGGCUCGCUGGCCGGCCUCCGCCGCCGCCCUCGCCUCUUCUCCCCCCGCCCGGCCCUCUCGGCUCCUCCUCUCGCCUCCAACCAGCCGCGACCGCCGCGUGUCUCAUUCAUCCGCAGUGCCAGAGAGCGACGUUCGCCGCGCGGCCGGGCUCGUUCGUGGAAGCUGCCUGGAAGCCCCGGCUGAGGGCGAGAGGCUGACCGCCGCCGCCUCUGAGGCGAAGAUGUCGAGCUGAACUACACCACACCACACAGGAGGAGGAGGAGGGAAGGGGCUCCCGCCGGCGGCCGCGCCAUGUCCCUGCCUCCUAUCGCGCCACCACCUGCUGCCGCCCCCCGACUCCAGCUCCGGAAUGCGCAGCAGCCGACCCCGGGGGUUCCCAAAAAGGCGCAGGCGCCGGGGCCCCCCCUCGCGCCAGCCAAGCCCCCUCGGAAAGGUCGCGGCGGCGGGGUCCCCGCGGAGCGCCCCGGCGGUGUCUUCUCGAGCUCCUGGCCCAGCGCUUCUCUCCCGAGGCAGCUGCCGCGCAACAGAGGCGCCCCGCCGCCGCCCUCCAGGAACCCAGCCGCCCCGACCGUGGGGGCGUCUCCGGCGUCGCGAGGCCGCUCGGUCGUGGGGCCGCCGGGCCCGGGCGCGCGCUCCUGCGAGAGCCUUUGCGCGGCGGCGCAAGCGGGGCGCGGGGAGGCCGCGCUGCGCUUCUCGCUUAGCCUGCCUCCCGAGGCAAUCCGGGUGCUGCAGCGCCGGAGCCUGGAGAAGCAGCUGCAGCAGCAGCGGCGGCCGCGCGGGAGGACGCCCCGCUCCGCCUCCCCGGACGCCGCGAAGCGCCCCCUCGCUGGCUGCUCGGCAGGCGGCGGCGGCGGCGGGGACUUGCGCGCCCUGCUGCAGGUGUCGCUGCUCAACGAGCGCCACCGCUACGACGACGUGGAGUACGAGGAGGAGGCCGACGGCGAAGGGGCGGCCGGCGUCCCCGGAGCGUGCGCGGCCGACGAAGGGCUGGUGCGCAAGUGCACCGAGUGGCUCCGCGGCGUCGAGAGCGCCGCCGCCCGCGACCGCGCCGACAAGCUGGACACGCUGCCGCACUUGGGCACCCUGUGAGCGGCCGGCCGGGGGCGCCUUUUCCCGGGAGCCCGAAAGAAAGGGCCCUUGGCCAAGAAGCAGGCAGACCCCAGCCCGCCAUUCUGUUCCUCGGGGUUGUGUCGUAGUUCGUUCUUCGUCGCCAAAGGCCGCCUUCCCACAUCACCUGUUGUUGACUGCGAACGGAUUUCUUUCUCUGUCGGCAGAAAGCUCUUCCACCGGCCCGGCCUGUGACUGUGUGUGUGUUUUCUAAAAUAUAACAUAACACGUUCCAAGCUCAACCACGCCUUUGUCUCUUAUAAGAAUUGCUUUCAUCUCGACCCUUUUCCAAUGGAUUACUGCAGCUCAGACGAACAAUUCAUCUCUAUGCAGAUAGUGCGUGGAAGAAAAUGUGCUUAAACGCCCCCUACACCCUUUUGAACGUGAGAGGUGCCUCCCUCUUGGGCACCCUGCGCUGGGAAUCUGUUCCACAUUUGUUUGGGGCUGCUGUUGUAAGAAAAGAAAAGUUAUUGCUCAAAAUCUUAAUCGAAAAAGACAGUUUUCCUGAUGAUCUUAUGGAAAACCAACCCUUUGUGUUAUUUUUGGCUGGAGCAAUAGAGACAAUACUGUAGCUUUAAGGUGAUGGGGAACGAAGUUCAGCCUCUCCGUGUAUAGAUUUUACUGUGGCCAAAUGUAAAUGUUGAACUUUUUCAUGGUUGUGUUUAACUUAUUAUGGUAACAUAGUAAUGCAUUUUUAUUUUUGUAGCCUGUGAAAAGAACCGAGUGCACAGAGACAGCUGAAUGUUUUGUCACACUUUAUAAAAGCAUAAUUCUCAGCCUGAGGUCUAGGAGAAGGUAGGGAAUCUUGUUAGUUUCGCCAAUUUUUCUUCGCUGUUCCUGAGACUGCGAAUGUUAGGAAAGAGCUUUUGUGCUACAUGACUUAAGUGCAAGUGACUCCAAAGAAAGAGGCUGUGUAGAGUACAAAAACUUGGCACAAAAUGUUCAGUACUAACAAACUUUUUUAAAAGUAGCCUAUAUUGUAAAUGAAUAGCACAGUGAUUUUGUAAAUUUGUAAUAUUUCUAUUUAUUUGAAUAAACAGUUAAAAUUGGUGAGGAAGCAUAUUUUGCCUGUUUAUUCUGCUACUCCACAGUUAUGGGGUGGGGUGGGAAAUAAAGGAUAUACGGUUGAACAAUCCUGUAUUUUUAAGUGCUAUUGUUUCAAUGGGUGAGAUUUAAGCAUAAAGCUCUCUCAGUUGAAAUGGAUAGGGCUGUAAAUUGCUUUGCUCUGAGUGAAUUGUUAAAAUAAUUGCUGUUUUUAUAAAAUAAACCCAGCAGAUUAGUAAUCUCACACUGGAAUGAUAGCUAGAUCUUUGAGAUCAUUGUGCAUAAAGGAGCCAGGGAGGCAAGAUAAAAAGCAAAGGCUCUGCAUCAAAAUUGAGUUUUCUGAGGAACUCUAGGUGAGAGAUAUUUAGCAUUUCCGUAUUUGUGCUGUGUACCUGUCUUUUAAGAGAACUGAUAGAAACAAACACCUAUUUUGACCCUAAAGGAUAAACAAGCCCUCUUUUCUUGCUAAUCGUUAACAAACUUUCGUAUGGAGCAAAAAAAUAGCACAGAGUUAUAAACAAGAUAGUAGUCAACGCUAGUCCCAGGCAGAGUACAUACACCCAUUGAAGUUAAUAGGCUUAGGUUUAGUAGGGAGGAAUUCAAUAUCUGCUAAGGCAAUUGUUCCAUCAGGGCAAGCAUUUCCCCCUUUUCCCACCAUGUGCUUUUCUGGGGGUUCUCCCUAUCUCCCCUUACAAGGGGCUCAUGGUGGGGAGGAGAGCCCCCUUGUGCAAUCAGAAGUCCCUACAUAGGGCUUCCAUGGAAAGGACUUGUUAGUUGAAUCUUGCCCUUAAUGUCAGUGGAUCUGCUGUGAGUAGGGCUUUGUUGAAAUUCAGUGUAAGUUUUACUCAAAGCAAACCCAUUGAAAUUAAUGAACAUGCUGAUACUACUUGAGUUAGGUCCGUUCAUCUCAAUAGGUCUGCUUUUUGCUGAAUUCUACCCAGAGUCCCUUAGCUGGAGUUGGUGCCUAAAGAUUACCCAAAUGAAGGCAGCAACCAGUGUUCUGAGAGCGGGGGAGGCCUGAACAUGUUUUUUUUCCUGACAUGAUUCAGCUUCUAACUAAAUACAUCUUUGUGGCUUUAGCUUUGUGUGCUGGUUUUAUGCUUAUUUUAAAAUACAAAGAACACAUUCAUUGGAAGGGUUGUUUUUUUUUAAUGCAGCAGGCAAUGAAUUUCUCCAAAACAUUGAUGCCAGCAGCAAGGGAAAUGCUUUAGACCAGGGGUCAUUUCAUACAUUAUCUGAACAGCAUGGGAGCUGCUUGAAUGUGGCAGAAUCCCACGCUGCUCUCAGCACUUAGAAUGGAAACAGCAACUGAUGGGGAUUCUCUCUGCUUCCCCUGCCAGCCUUGCCCAGCCCAUAAUGUUCUUCCUAACAGAUGUUACCAGGGUAGUAUGGACCUAAGGAGGCAGUAGCUGCCACAUGACUCAGCUGGCACAUGGACUGUCUUAUGAAUCACAUCUAUAGCUUGGAGAGAGAGAGAGAGAGAGAAUGAGAAUUAUUUGGCAAUGUCUCCCUGACUGGCAGUUUGGGAUGGAAUGGUGUGGAACACAAUAAUGCAUCUGCAAUUAAAAAAAAAAACCAUUUAAACUAUGUUGCGCAUUAAGAAAGAACAAAAUAGUGCAUUGCAUGUUCCAAAUGGUUUUUAGACUCCAAGCAGUAAAUAUGAGCAUAAUUGUGAGCCUGUUAAACACAACAUGAUCACAGCUUUUGGAAAGUUAAGUAGGGUUACCAUACGUCCAGAACUUCCCAGACAUAGUCGGAAUACUGCAGUUAGAAGCAGUGUCUGGGUGGAAAUCGCUGAAAUGUCCGGGAAAAUUCGGACAUGUGGCAGCCGAUGUCAGAAGUCUAGAUUUUUGUGAAUUUCCUUAAAACUAGCUCCAAAACUUCUUUUUGAGGAAAAAAAGCUCAGCAACUUUGGGCAAAGCUGUCAGAUUUUCACUUUUUGAAAUAUGGCAACCCUAGAGUUAUGCUCCAAGUCUCAUCAAAGGUAACUGCUUCAGUAUGGGAUUAUCAACAGCCAGCCAGAGUAAACAGAACUGUUGACAUUUCCCAGCCCCAUAUAUAGGGAGCAUUUGGCCCUCCAGAUGUUGCUGAACUACAACUUCCAGCAAGCAUGGUCUAUAUGGAGGGCCAAAGUUUCUCCACAUCUGCCCUAUAAUGAGCCUUGAAAUCUUAAAGAGAGGGAAGAGACACCAGAGCUUUGAUUCUGAGAAACCCUAAUACUGUUUUUUUCUUCUACCUCAUUUCAUUAUUGUAUAGUAGAUGAGCUGUGGCCUUCUAGAUGUCAUUGGACUCCAACUCCCAUCAUCCCUGGCCAUUGGCCAUGCUGACUGGGGCUUCUUUCGUUAUUUCUUUCAUUUGGUUUGUGACUUCUAGGUCCCAAAGGGUUGGUUUUUUGUUUUUUGUUUUGUCCUGCCCCACUUUCCCACUGCUGAAUUGGAAGAAAUGCCAAUUCGCAGAAACCCCAAUUGAUGCUUGCUUCAAUUCAGUAGUAAAGAGAGGGUUUUCCAGGGAAAGUGGCAGGACAAAAGAAAGACCUCUCAGACCUCAUGGCCCAAAUGGAAGCACAGAUGAGUCCUGAAUCUCCUGCCCCUUCCUUUCUUUUAAUACUUAUUAUCUUCUUUUUUAAAAGUGGCUUUUCAGACAGCAGCUGCCUGUCAACUUUUGCCAGAGGCAUCUGUCUACGUGAAUAGACAUGUGCAAAUUAGCAUGUACAGUAUUUGUGUCAUGGGCCUAUGUCCUGAGUCCUUUCAAGUACCCAUCAACGCCCCUGCUGCGUACAUUUGCACAUCUGGGCUGGCUUUUCUCUGGGUGACUAACAUCCAGUGGUGAUUUGCUUUUUUAUAUAACCUCAUACCAUGUCUUUCAAUAGUUCACAAAUUCUGUUGUAUGUUAAGCAGCCCAGGGAGGAGACUGUCAACAAGUGAUGAGUGUUUGUAGUAAUAUUAAGUAUUGUUUAUCCAUGUAUGUACUGUUAAAAUUCUUUAUAUAUCAGUUUGUGGUUUUUAUAUAUUUGAGCCAUUAAAAAUUGUAUUUUCAGGC